AAAAGGAGGGAAUGAAUUAAACUUAAUUAAAUUUAUUAAAUAAGAACGUCCCAGAAGCUGUAACCGGUGAACCACAAUCAGAAUCCAGAACAUUCUGGACUAAUCUAUACUUACACAGACAUUGUAUAUAUACACGCCCUCCUCAUUCUCUCAUCUCACUUAGAAUUAAAAAACACUUAACAUCAAAACACACUGUGAUUUCUCCAAAUUCUAUUGUAUUUUCUUUGUUGAAGUUAGUGAAGAGUGAAAAUGGCGGGAAAAGGCGAAGGUCCGGCGAUCGGAAUUGACUUGGGAACGACUUACUCGUGUGUCGGCGUUUGGCAACAUGACAGAGUGGAGAUCAUAGCGAAUGAUCAGGGGAACAGAACGACGCCGUCUUAUGUGGCGUUUACUGAUACGGAGAGGCUCAUUGGUGAUGCUGCGAAGAAUCAAGUCGCUAUGAAUCCUAUCAACACUGUUUUCGAUGCUAAGCGGUUGAUUGGAAGGAGGUUCAGUGAUGCUUCGGUGCAGAGUGACAUGAAGUUGUGGCCAUUCAAAGUUGUGCCUGGAGCUGGUGACAAGCCAAUGAUUGUUGUCAACUACAAGGGUGAGGAGAAACAAUUUGCUGCUGAAGAAAUUUCUUCCAUGGUUCUUACGAAGAUGAGGGAGAUUGCUGAGGCUUUCCUUGGCAAGGCAGUUAAAAAUGCUGUUGUUACUGUACCUGCUUAUUUUAAUGAUUCUCAGAGACAGGCAACAAAGGAUGCUGGGGUUAUCUCGGGGCUCAAUGUGAUGCGUAUUAUUAAUGAGCCCACAGCAGCUGCAAUUGCUUAUGGGCUGGAUAAGAAGUCGAGCAGUGUUGGUGAGAAGAAUGUGCUGAUCUUUGAUCUUGGUGGUGGCACAUUUGAUGUGUCUCUUCUCACUAUUGAGGAGGGUAUUUUUGAGGUGAAAUCAACUGCUGGUGAUACCCAUCUGGGAGGUGAAGAUUUUGACAACAGGAUGGUGAAUCAUUUUGUUCAGGAGUUCAAGAGAAAGAACAAGAAGGAUAUUGGGGGCAAUGCUAGAGCAUUGAGGAGGCUGCGGACUGCUUGUGAAAGGGCGAAGAGAACUCUCUCUUCAACUGCUCAAACAACAAUUGAGAUUGACUCUUUGUUUGAGGGGAUUGAUUUCUACACAACAAUUACUAGGGCAAGAUUUGAGGAGCUCAACAUGGAUCUUUUCAGGAAGUGUAUGGAGCCGGUAGAGAAAUGUUUGAGGGAUGCCAAGAUGGACAAAAACUCUGUCCAUGAUGUUGUGCUUGUUGGUGGAUCUACUAGGAUUCCAAAGGUGCAGCAACUAUUGCAGGACUUCUUCAAUGGAAAGGAGCUUUGCAAGAGCAUCAACCCUGAUGAGGCUGUUGCUUAUGGCGCUGCUGUGCAGGCUGCAAUAUUGAGCGGUGAAGGUAAUGAAAAGGUGCAAGACUUACUGUUGCUGGAUGUGACUCCAUUGUCGCUUGGGUUGGAAACUGCUGGAGGGGUUAUGACUGUUUUGAUCCCGAGAAAUACAACCAUCCCCACCAAGAAGGAGCAGGUAUUCUCGACAUACUCAGAUAAUCAACCUGGUGUUCUGAUCCAGGUGUUUGAAGGUGAAAGAGCAAGAACAAAGGACAACAAUUUGCUGGGCAAGUUCGAGCUCUCUGGUAUUCCUCCUGCUCCAAGGGGUGUGCCACAGAUUACAGUAUGCUUUGAUAUUGAUGCAAAUGGCAUUUUGAAUGUUUCUGCUGAGGACAAGACCACAGGGCAAAAGAAUAAGAUUACCAUCACUAAUGACAAAGGCAGACUUUCCAAAGAUGAGAUUGAAAAGAUGGUCCAGGAAGCGGAGAGGUACAAAUCUGAGGACGAGGAGCACAAGAAGAAGGUUGAAGCUAAGAAUGCCCUGGAGAAUUAUGCUUACAACAUGAGGAACACCAUUAAGGAUGAGAAGAUAAGCUCAAACCUUGACCCUGCGGACAAGAAGAAGAUUGAGGAUGCAAUUGAGCAGGCAAUCCAGUGGCUUGAUGGGAAUCAGCUGGCAGAAGUGGAUGAGUUUGAAGACAAAAUGAAGGAGCUGGAAGGUAUCUGCAAUCCCAUCAUUGCCAAGAUGUAUCAAGGUGGUGCUGGUGGCAUGGGCGGCAUGGGUGCAACAAUGGAUGAAGAUGGUCCUGCUGGUGGAGCGGGUGCAGGAGCAGGCCCAAAGAUCGAAGAAGUUGAUUAAGCAGGAAGUUGAUUGAGCUUGUUUGAUGUUGUUUCCUGGUGGUUUAGGUUUUUUAUUAAUUACAUAACCAUGUCUCUGGAUUUUGAUGGUUGGUUAAGACUUAAGAUGCCCCCCUUCUGUUGGGGGCUUUAAUAAGAAUGGUACUUUUCUCUA